AUGAAUCAUUCAAAAGUUAAAUGUACUUUGUAACCCUACAUGAUGCAUUAAUAUUUUUCAGAAUUGUUACCUAUUAGUAGAAACAUUCAUCAUAUUGAGAGUCUGAUAAACAUUAAAAAAAUCGUCUUCAUCAGGCAUAUCAUCAUGAUCAGCAAAGAUGAUGCUAUUGAGAUUCUGGACAGAAAUGAAUUAAAAACUAGAGACAUCUAAUAUGAAACUGAAAAAUAUCUUAGUGUUAGCAGAACUUUAAUUUUACCUUUCGAAACCUGA